UUCCGCAAUUGGGUGCCCGGCUUCUUCAGCUCCCAACCCAUCAUAAGGGUCCGUAUAGGACAAAUGAAUGCCAGAUCCGGGGGCCUAUGAAGGUACAGACGCUUUCGACGUCGAAAACGUCGAAUUCGAGUUGAACACAUCGCCGUGGGCGCUAUAGCUCGACCCUUCGUUAUCUGUUGUGUACACGGAUUGCCAUCGCGUUGGUACUUGUCGGUUGAAGAAGACGACGAGGAAGGAAACAUGAGGGCGCUAGGAAUUUGGCUCAUAGUGGUUGGACUCGUGCGUCUUUCUUCCGUCUGGUUUGGGUUCUUUGACAUUUGGGCGCUGAGAAUGGCUGUUUUUUCCAAGACUGAGAUGUCAGAGAUUCACGGGAGGACAUUUGGGACGUGGACACUUCUAACGUGCACUCUGUGCAUCAUCUGCGCAUUGAAUUUGGAAAAUAAGCCUCUCUACCUGACAACAUUGCUCUCUUUUGUGUACGCACUCGGGCAUUUCAUCACAGAGGUUUUCAUAUAUGAAACCAUGGCAAUAAAAAACCUUGCCACGGUUAGCUUGUUCGCAGUGCCAUCGCUUGUUUGGAUGAUCGUGGAGUACCCCAAGGCUGAUCAAGUCACCUACGGAAAACAGGGAUGAACUUCGCCCAUUCUUUGUCCGCGAACACCGGAAAUCGCAGGAGCAUUCGAUAUCAAAGUAGCACCCUUUACAGUGCAUUCUGCAACUCUAUCAUCUAGCUAGAAUAGUGUGAGCAUUCAAGCCAUGGAAGCUGAAUUUUUUAUACUGCAACUGUCGUUCGAUCUGCUGAGAUGAGAUUAUCCUUGUCGCUGCUCUUUCUGGACGUAUUCUUCGCGGCCCGGUCUUACAGGGUGGAGCAAUAAUUCCUCUGUGCAUUUGUUGCGUGGCUAGCACCUAAUCAUGAGUAGUGAUACGCACCUUGGUAUCUGUUUGUCUCUUUGACUCUCU